AAGGGGCCCGCGCACGCGGCGGACGCGGUGGCGGCAGUGGCAGUCGGUCUGAGGGGAGAACGGCUGAGGAAGGAGAGGAGUCCUGGCCAUGGCAGUGCAGGACCCCCGGCCCAACCACACCAUCUACAUCAACAACCUGAACGAGAAGAUCAAGAAGGAUGAGCUGAAGAAGUCCCUCUACGCCAUUUUCUCGCAGUUUGGGCAGAUUUUGGACAUUUUGGUGUCUCGCAGUCUCCGCAUGCGGGGCCAGGCCUUUGUCAUCUUCAAGGAGAUGAGCAGCGCCACCAACGCCCUGCGCUCCAUGCAGGGCUUCCCCUUCUACGACAAACCCAUGCGGAUCCAGUACGCCAAGACGGACUCGGACAUCAUCGCCAAGAUGAAGGGAACGUUCGUGGAGCGGGAGCGGGAUCGGGACCGGGAGCGCAAACGGGACAAGCGCAAAGCCAAGGGGGGAGAGGCCCCUGGCCCCAAAAAGAGUGGGGCUGGAGCGCAGGGGGCAACGCAGGGGGCAGUGCCCGGGAUGCCGCCACUGGCGCAGCCGCCCCGGAUGCUGCCGCACCUGGGGGGACAGCCGCCCUACAUCCCCCCCCCGGGCAUGAUUCCAGCCCCAGGAAUGGCCCCAAAUCCCGGAAUUCCCCCGGGAAUGGCCCCACAGCCUGGAAUGGCGCCGAUCCCUACCCCACAGCCUCUGUCGGAAAACCCCCCGAACCACAUCCUGUUCCUGACCAACCUCCCUGAGGAGACCAACGAGCUGAUGCUCUCCAUGCUCUUCAACCAGUUCCCAGGGUUCAAGGAGGUGCGCCUGGUGCCCGGGCGCCACGACAUCGCCUUCGUGGAGUUCGACACCGAGGUGCAGGCGGGCGCUGCCCGUGAGGCUCUGCAGGGCUUCAAGAUCACCCAGAGCAACGCCAUGAAGAUCUCUUUCGCCAAAAAGUGACCCAAAACACCCCAAACCCCACCAAAAUACCCCUAAACCCCCCCAAAAAAGGGCCUGAAAUACCCCAAGAUCCAAAAAAGCGCCUCAAAACCGCCCCUAAAUACCCAAAACCUGCCCCAAAACACCCCAAAAUCCCAUAGAAACACCUUAAAAUCCUUCCAAGCCACCCCAAAAUCCCAUAGAAACACCCUAAAAUCCCUCUAAACUACCCCAGAACACCCUAAAUCCCAUAAAACUGCCCCAGAAAAAGUCCUGGCCCUGAUCCAAACCCCACACACACCCCCACUCCCCCAGGUAAGUUCAGCUCCGCCCAAAUCUUCAUUUUUUAAACCCAAAUCCUCCUUUUUCCCACCUCAAAUUAUUUUUUUUCCAGCCCAAAUCCUUUGUGAGUCCCCAAAUCCCUUUUCCUAUCCCAAAAUCUCCCUUUUCCACCUCAAUUCCCCACCCCAAAUCCUGUUUUUUUCACCUCAAAUCAUUUGUGCAUCCCAAAUCUCCUUUAUCUACCCCAGAUAACCCUUUUCCACCCCAAAUCCUUCCCUGCCCACCUGAAAUCCCCUUUUCCCACACAAAAUCUCCUUUUUUAACUCCAAAUCCUCUUUUCCCACCCCAAGUGCUUCCCAGCCCACCCUAAAUCCUCUUUUUCCACCAAAAAUCUUUCCCCACCCUAAAUGCCUCAAUUCCCACCUCAAUCUCCCUUUUCCCCUCCCCACCCUAAAUCCCCCUUCCCCCACCCAAAAUUCCUUUUUUACCCCAAAAUCUCCUUUUUUCAUCUUAAAUCCUUCUUUUUCCACCCCAAAUCCCCUUUUUCCACCCCAAAAUCCUUUUCCAUCCCAAUAUUUCCUUUUCCCACCCAAAUCUCCUUUUUUCCAUCCCAAAUCCGUCUUUGUGCAUCCCAAAUCCUCCUCUCACACCAAAAUCUCUUUUAUCCAUCUUAAAUGCUCUUCUUUCCUCCCUACAUCUUCUCACCCCAAAUCCUUCUUCUUUCACCCCAAAUGCCCUUCUUCCACCCUGGAUCCCCACCCCAAAUUCACUUUCUCCAUCCCCCAGGGGCUUUUGGGGUUCCCAAGGAGUUUUUGGGGUUUUUCCCAGCAUUGUACCCAGGGUCUCUCUGCAGACAUUGCACCUGGAGCUGCCCCCACCCCAGAUAAGCCCAAAUCCCCUUUUCCCACUCCCCCACAUGUUUCUGGGAUUCCCAAGGGGGUUUUGGGCUCUUUCCCAGCAUUGUACCCAGAGUCUCUCUGCAGACAUUGCACCUGGAGCCUUCCAAAAUAAACCCCACUAUGCCCCC